GUUUUUGUUUCGGAACGUAAGAAGUCGACGCACUGCGGUCAACGUAAGCACAAGACAGGUCCAAGUCAAAGCCACACACGGCGUUUCUAUUGGAACGAGGAGCAGAAGCUGCCGCACACGCCGAAUGAUGUUCUCCUGACGCGGCGCGACCCUUCACCAUCGCCUGGGGUUACAUUACGCGCUUCUCUUGUCGCAACAGUCCGUGUAACGUUGCUCCGUCCGGUGUCGGGAUGCGUGAGUGAAAUUGAUUCGUUCUCUGGCAAGAGAAUUGCGGCGGUUUGUUUCGUUGCGCGCGGGAACUUCUCGAACGAAGACGAAGUUCGGUGAGGCUGAUCGUCUUUGCGCAUCUUGGCAUUGAGUUCAUUGACAUUGUGUGACUCCGAUGUCUGCCAAGACCUGUUCGCAGGCGCAGGUCUCCUUCGCAUUGCCCGUUUAGGUGCCCAGUUUCGUUUCGGCGCCCGUACCAUUAGAAAUCUGCAAUCGAACAUGGAAGACGUGCCUAGGUUUACGGUAGCGGACUACAGCGUGAUGUGCCUGAUGCUGUGUGUGUCUUCGGGCAUCGGUAUCUACUUUGCCUGGCGCGACCGGCGUGAUGUGUCGAACAAAUCGUUUCUCAUGGGCAACCGCGAGUUGGGAGUGUUCCCUGUGGCAAUGUCGUUGAUGGCGAGCUUCCAGUCGGCGACCACGGUGUUAGGCUAUCCCGCCGAAAUGUAUUACAAGGGGACCCAGUUUUGGGUGGCCAUCUUCGGACUGGCCAUUUCCAACGUGAUUGCCGCCGAACUUUUUCUGCCUGUGCUGUACAAUCUCCACAUGACCAGCGUCAACACGUACCUGGAGAGGCGUUUUUCGGGCGCUGUCAGGACGUUAGGCUCACUAUCCUUCAUAACAAAUACGUUAUUAUACAUGGGAGUCGUCCUAUACGGGCCCUCAGUCGCGUUAGAGUCAGUGACGGGCCUUCCUGUCUGGGCAUCUAUUCUCUUCCUCGGAUUGAUUUGCACGUUUUAUACUGUGCUGGGCGGCAUGAAGGCGGUCGUGUGGACGGACACUUUUCAGAUGACCGUCAUGGUGCUGGGACUGACCACAGUCGUUGUUCUGGGCGUCAUCAAGGUCGGAAGCUUAGAGAAGGUGUGGACGACAGCGGAAGAAGGUGGCCGCAUACAAUUUCUAAACACGCAGUUGGACACGCAGUCGUCGGUCUCCCUGUGGAACGUGCUGCUGGGGACCACGUUCAUCUGGCUGGCCUCGUACGGCACCAGCCAGACGCAGGUGCAGCGCUUCUGCAGCGUCCCCAGCCUCAGGGAAGCCAAGAUGGCGCUCUAUGUGAACAUUCCCGGAGUGAUGCUCAACAUCAGCCUGGGCUGCGUUGCCGGACUCGUGAUCUAUGCAAACUAUCCCGACUGUGAUCCCCUCAAGUCCGGCAAGAUCUCCAAGUCGGACCAGCUCAUCCCGUUCUUUGUGAUGAAGACGCUCAGUGUAGUGCCUGGCCUUCCCGGCCUCUUCGUAGCUUGCGUAUUCAGCGGAGCUCUCAGUACGCUGUCAUCGGGCUUCAAUUCGCUUGCGGCAGUCACGUGGGAAGACUUCAUAAGAAAGUGGUCGCAUGUCAGCGAGAAGAAGGCGGCCAUUAUCACCAGGGGCGUCGCAUCUGCUUACGGGAUUCUCACAAUCGGGCUGGCGUUCCUGGCUGGAAGCAUUGGCUCUAUACUCAAGGCGGCCUUCGCUAUGUCUGGAGCCCUGUCGGGACCGCUCCUGGGAGUCUUCGUGCUGGGUAUGCUGCUGCCUUCCUGCAAUGGCAAAGGCGCCUUGAGUGGCCUGCUGCUCGGCCAGGUGCUCUGCUUGUGGGUGGUCGUGGGUUCGCUGUCCAGCGUGCCCUUGAACGAGGACCUGCCCACGUCGACCGCUGGCUGCGUGCGACACGAUAACGCCACGGCGCACGACUUGUUUGGCGGAGUAGAUGCCAUGGACGAGAUUGCCGUGGAUCGCCCAAAGGGUAUCGAGUUGCUGUACCGGCUGUCGCAUCUGUUGGUGCCCGUGCUUGGAUUCGUCGUGACCGUCUUCACGAGUAUCGUCGUCAGCCUCUUUACAGGAAUGAACGAGGGACGACUCCACGACCCGGAGCUUUUCACCCCAUGCGUCUCCAAACGCUUUACCGCGCCCGAUGACAAAGAGGCCGGAAAGUCCAUGGUCACAGUCGACGGCUUCAACGAUCCCAGCAUCCGGGACCAACCGGAAGUCAGCAUAUCAAACGUGUCCAAAGACCGCGCGAGCACGAACUUGUAACCAUUGCCUUCCGCGUAGCUGUAGUAGUGCCAAUAACGUUCAUUCCUUUGUGCACGCGCGCAUUUUCGUCGGAGGACCGAACGAUUCUCAUCGCUCUGGAUUGACAGUGGCUGUCUUGCGUACGACUCCUCUGGACCAAGCUGUGAUCUUCAUAGCAACACUUGUUUUUUACUGUUUGCUGCGACAGUUUACGUGUUACAGACCAUAUUAUCUCAGUUGAACAGACCUUCUUGGUGCUGUUGUGCAAUGCUAUUGGGUUGUUAGGAAUUGUAAUGCGCUGGUAUUUGUAAUAUGUUUGUUGUUAAAGAUGUUCGAACUGUGACAGCUCGCAGUAUAACUGCGAAUUGGGGCGAUCUCUGCUUGACUUCUGUAUGUCCAAUUUUCUUUCUGUAACCCUCGAGCUCAGUGGUCGUCGAGCUGUAUAGUCUAUACAACUCGUACAAUGAGAACCACUGGGCACACAGACUACACGCUGUUUCGCAAUUUAUUGUCACAAUGGAUUUGUGUGAAAAACGGCGUUAUGCGGCCGUGAUAGUGUCACAACGCCACUUUGUGCCGUCAACACUUCAGAGCAGCUUCUCGGUACAUUGCGCUAGCACAAAAUAGAUUUUCUAGCGUAGCCUUCGACUAAAUGAAAGCGUAGACAAAAGCACCGGCGCUGAUGGCGACAUUUUGUGACGCUGUGCUCUAAGCCAGAGCGCGCGGAAUUCUUGUUGCCAUGACCGACCGUGCUCCGUUCAUUUGCCGGUGUAAAUGUGUCGGCAGCGAAUAUUCAUCGCGAUGGUAUUUCCGUAGUUCUGGAAGGUAAGGUUCCUGGAACCCGCGAAUCUUUUGGGGGACAUUAGAGUUAAUAAAAUUUUGUGAUUUUACGUCCCGAAACAGCGAACUUGUUUCGAGGCACGCUAUAGUGGGGAACGCCGGAUUAGUUUGGACCACCUGAGGUGGUUUAACGUGUACCCAAUACACGGUACACUCGAGCGGUUUUUUUUUCUUCAUUUUUUGCACCUCGAAGCUUAACCGGUCGCGCAGCGUACGGAGGUCGAGCGACUUGUCCGGAACGCGCGAGCCGUGUGCGCCCAACUGCGCUGGCGACACCUAGCGAUAACACGUGGUGCAAACCAACCGAAUGUGAGGUGAAAGCAUAUUUAGCGCCAGCAAACAAGGACGGAAGGGAGACGACACCACAAUGCGCUCACUCUCUCUUCCGUCUUCGUCUCCCUUCCGUCCUUGUUUGCUGGCACUGAAUAUGCUUUCAGUUUACCAACACGCCCAACAAAUGGGAAUAUGAGGAGCAUGCGCGGCUGUACUUGCGAAAUACUCUGCUCUCGACGUUCUGCAUUAAAAAGUAUAAGUUGCUUUGAGAAUUUAGGCCAAUUUAGGUCCAGAUAAAGCGUAAUAAACGAAGCCACAAUAACGUUAACGUAUGAAGCCCCGAGCAUGAAGAUCAGACAAAUCCAUGCACUAGCCAUCAUUCCCGUGGUGGCUGAACGAUCGAAGCGUCAGAUUGGAUAAACUUUACUAAAUGUCCUGCAGGACGCAUGUCAGCGCGCAGUGGGCUUCUCCCACGCAGGGACUGACAGGAAGUACCUGUUUAGUAAUUGCAGGAAACUAUAUGGGCGGAGAGAAGACAGCGUAUCUCGUAGAUGUAUAGCAGCACAUGCUCACAUUAGGCCAGUUUUGCACCAGGUGUCGCCAGUGCGGUCCGGCACACUGCUCGCGCGUUCUGUACGAGGGCCCUGACCUCUGUGCAAUUUGUUUUAGAGGUGCGGCAAUUGCCACACUGAGAUUGGUGUUGAUUUGGUUGAUGAGUGCGACGACAGAGUACGGCACUUGUUACUAGAGGUGAACAAACUUGUGCAUGGAUUUAGAAGCACGCUCAUAUAGGUUGGAAUAGGUUGGCUUCGGUUGAAAUUGGCUAGGUUGUAGGAUACGAAGAAGUUAGGUUGGGGUUCGUUCGGUUAAGUAGGUCAGGCUGGCAUAACAGUGGUUAAGUGGGGUUAACUUAGCGGAGGCAUACUGGCAUGAAUGCAUAUCGGAAGGCGCAGAGCGCGAGCGGCAGCUAGUAGCGAUAUCUUUUGAGGCUGAUUUCAACAAAGUUCGCGUAGCCGUAAGCUUCGAUAUUAGAUGGUGCAUGGUGCGUUCGCCGCCCGAUCUCUGAGGCAGCGGCAGAACCUUCACUGGAAUGACCGACUGUGUUAUUCCUUCGUUUACCUAGACAUGUCGGAAGCGAGUAAUUGCCAAGAUAAUGUUUUUGCACCUUUUCUCUUUUAAGGUUAAGGGUCAUUCAACACAAGAACUGGUGUUAUGGUAGACGCUGUCGCGAUGUGUUAUCGGUACGAGCGCUGCUUUUCUCGAAUACCUAUUCCAGUACUGUUACAUUAGUGCGUGUGCUAAGGUAUACGCUAUGCUACACUUUCAAAUGUACUGCCUCUCGUGAGGUUGCGGUUUUUCACUGACAUGUACUGCGCCUGUACCAGUGCCUGCUAAAAAUGUCCGUAGAGUGCAUUAGAAAUAGUAUGUUCUGACACUGUCUCUUUUCUCUCGCGGCAAAAAAAAAAAAAGUGCAGUUGUAUAUUUCAAAUAUUAUAUCGGUACUGUCAGCAGAGCGCGAACACGGUCUGUAGCGUUCUUAGAGCUCCGGUGGACCAUCCUGUGUUCGAACCUUUAGCGCACCAUUAUAUUGCAGCUGUGUUGUACAUACUAUUUUUCUACGGUGAGCGACCACAUACUUAAAAAGAACAUACACUUGUUUCGUCUACAUUAUUUACAUUGCUUUCUGCGCAACAGCUUUUCCACAUUUUUGCGCUGCUCAUUGCGUGUUUAGUCACGUCGGAAAGAUUCACUGUUUUCUUUUUUUUUUUUUAUGACUGGCAUUUCUUGGAGUGACGAGUGAACGUGGUUUGCAUACCGAGCGUGUGUGUUCAGUUACUUGAACCGCGCAGUGAAUGAGAAAACAUCAUAUAAGCUCACAAAUGACUCAUGAAAUGUUCACCCAUCUUUGUCAGCGUCCUGCCCUAUAUAUAAGAAAUUAAACUGUCACUCUUUCGUCGCGAA